AUGGCAGGACUCGUCGAUAAACUGACUGCGUCCGGCGGCACCGAGUCCGCAGGAUUCCUCAACGACAUCAUCGAGCAGCUAUGGCCCAACAUCAACGUCGCCGGGUGCCGGAUGGUGAAGGACAUUGUUGAACCCAUGUUCGCCACCAUGCUCCCAGGCCCUCUGGCUUCCCUCAAGUUUGUGAAGCUCGAUCUUGGCCCUGUACCCAUGCGCGUAUCCGAGGUAGACGUCCACAAGGUCGACAACGGCGGAAUCAAGCUCGACAUGGAUGUGAACUGGGAUGGAAAGAGCGACAUUGAGCUCGAUGGAAAUUUGGUUCCGAAAAUUGGGAUUGGACAUGUUCAUAUGAAGGGCAGACUCUCAAUCUUGCUAGCUCCCUUGACCAACGUCAUUCCUCUGAUCGGUGCUGCGCAAGUCGCCUUUAUCAACCCCCCUGAGCUGAAGCUCGACUUCACCGACGCAGCCAACAUCGCCGACUGGGUCCUGGUUGACAAGGCCGUCCGCAAGGUCAUCAUAAACAUCAUCUCCUCCAUGGCGGUCUUGCCCAACCGCUACCUCGUCAAGCUCGACAACAACAACGACUACUUCAGGACCUACCUCCCCCAGCUGGGUGCUCUGCGACUGACCAUCGAGAGAGCGGUAGGCAUUAGCGGGCCCAAGAAGAGCGGUGCCAAGAGGCUGCUGGCCAAGAUUGUGAAGGACAUACCCGAUUGCUACUGCAAAGUCAAUGUCGGCGCGGAGGAGGAAUGGCGUACGACGAUCAAGAAGAACGACCACGACCCGGAGUGGAACGAGACGCACGAUUUCCUCGUCGCGGACUACGACCAGAAGAUCUUUAUCGACGUCCAGGACGACGAUCUCGGCGGGGACGAUGACAUUGGCAUCGCCACCACCACUGUCAAGGACAUUCUGCUCAACGGCGGUUCUCAGGAGUUGGAACUCACUCAUGAGGGACAACCCACCGACGCCAAGGUCGUCGUGCGCGCCAAGUUCUUCAACUUUGUCGAUGAUGCCGGUGCCAUCACCUCCACGCAGAGCCAGAGCGAGGGGCAGAUCGUCGGUAUCGCUACGGUUCUCAUCGCCAGCGCUCUCGGGCUCGAGGGCAAGCGCGACGAGCUUAACCCCAGCAUCAAGGUGACCUGGGGCGCCAAGGAGUUCCUCACCGCGGCCAAGUCCUACAGUCCCGGGACUGACAUCUUCAACCCGUCUUUCGACCAGGCGUUCCGCAUCCCCGUGACGGCGGAUCUGAUCGCCAACCCGGCAAACUUUAAGAUUUCCCUUAUGAACAAGACCAGCGAGACCGGAUCUGUUGAGAUCCCCUUCGAAGACGUGCUGCAGGCCCCCGGUCUGGUCAGAGAGGAUAGUUUCGAUGUCGGCUCCGGCGCUACCGUCAGAGCCAGCAUCUCUCUCCGCGGAUUGCAGUCGGCUCACUGA